UCCCUCCCUUCCUCCAUUUCCUUCCCUUUUUCAAAAUGGCGGCGCCGGGAGCGGAGUUUGCCUUGGAGCUUCUCGGGAGGGUCUCCUCCUCGCGGCUGGAGGAGCCCUUGGAGGAGCUCAGGGCCCUGAAGGUGGCCCUCCAGGCCUUGCCCUCCGCCGCCCUGAAAGAGCGCGGGCCCGAGUUCCCCUUGGCCGGGCUCUUCGCGCUCAUGGCUCGCGGAGACAGUGAGCAGAUCUCUCUCUGCGUCUCCAUCCUGGAGCGGUUUCUCCAAGUCAUGGACCCCUUGUACGUCAUCCAGCACUUCGGGGAAGAGCUUCAGAAAGGGCUCUUUCAUCCUGACGACUCCGUCAAAAUCCUCACAAUCUCUCAGGUUGGAAGGAUAGUCGAAGACCCAGAUGCCGUUCAAGAAAUCCUGAACACCCCUGAGUUGCUGAGGCAGGUCAUCUACUGCAUCGCUGCAGAGAAAAUAGCAGUGGCCAAGGAGGCCAUCAAGUCACUCUCAAGGGUAGCAGAAACACCUGAAGGCUUGGAAGCUUUGCUUGCAGGGAACUUGCUCAUUGACUUGAAGAAAGUUAUGGCCAAGAGUGACAUCAUACGCUAUCGUGUCUAUGAGCUAGUCAUCGGUAUUUCCUCGGUGUCUGCAGAUUCAUUGAACUACUGUGUCAACAGUGGGUUAAUAUCGGAGCUGAUUGGAGAGCUGACAGGGAAUGAUGUACUUGUCAGAGCUACCUGUAUAGAGAUGGUGACAUCGCUUGCUCAGACCCACCAUGGACGCCAGUAUCUGGCUCAGCAAGGAGUCAUUGAUAAGAUUUCCAAUAUAAUAAUCGGGGCUGACUCAGAUCCCUUCUCAGGCUUCUACUUGCCAGGCUUUGUGAAAUUUUUUGGCAACCUGGUUAUAGUUGACAGCCCCCAGCAGAUCUGCGAGAGAUACCCUGCCUUUGUGGACAAAGUCUUUGGCAUGGCAGAAGGGCAGGACCCGACCAUGUUUGGUGUAGGAGUGGACACCCUUGGGAUCUUGGGAUCCAAUGUGGAGGGGAAGCUGGUGUUGGAAAAGAAAGGAAGUAGAUUCCACAGCGUGCUAAACAGAAUAGGACACCAGUCAAAGAAUGCCCCGACGGAGUUGAGAAUCCGGUGUCUGGAUGCCAUUUCAUCUCUUUUGUACCUGAUGCUGGAUCAUCAGACAGAAGACCUUCUGGGGAUGACAGAAUCCUGGUUCUCUUCUCUCGCCAGCCAGCCCUUGGAGCUUUUCAGAAGCAUCAGUACACAGCCAUUCCCUGACCUCCACUGUGCUGCUUUGAGGGUGUUCACGGCUAUUGCUAACCAACCCUGGGCCCAGAGGCUGAUGAUAGCCAGCCCUGGCUUUGUGGAAUACAUCGUGGACCGGUCAGUGGAGCCAGACAAAGCCUCUAAGGAAGCGAAGUAUGAAUUGGUGAAGGCCUUAGCCAGUUCAAAGACCAUUGCUGAAAUCUUUGGGAACCAGCAUUACUUAAGGCUUCGAGCUUACCUGCAUGAAGGGCCUUAUUAUGUCAAGGCUGUUUCAACCACGGCUGUGGAGGGAGCUGAAUAACGUUCAGAAGACUGGCUUUAAAUCGCUCUCUGGUAAACCCAGAGGUGGCAAGACUAUCUUGGCCCUUCUUGACAGGGUUUGACUUUGUGAGCAAGAAGGGGAAAGGGAAAAAAAAAUCUGAGGAAGGAAUUGGCUUUGGUAGUUUGACUUUGAAAUGAGAGAUAAAUGGGUACAAAUGAUGUGACGAAAGAGAGACAGAGAGGGACAUUCUGUCUUCCAUGAUCCAGUUGAAAGAAUAUGUUUACCUUUAAAACUGACCAAGCUUCUAAGUGCAGCUUACUUUGAAGCAAAUUGUGGAGGAAUUUGGUUCCCAGUUAGAUGGUCAUGAUCCAGCGCCCUAUAGUGUGUGUUCUCAAUUUUGGCUCAAAUCUUUGGGUGUGGAGUACUCUGGGCUCUUAAACUGAGAGUUAUUUUACUGUGUUGGAAAGUAGCUUUGCUAAAAGUUCUACUGUUUUAGUAAGAUGGAGGCAUUUCUUUCAUCUGUGAGGGGGCCGUGAUCUCUAUUUCAUCCUGCUUUGAAUUAUUUCAUCAGGCUCAUCUUGAGACGCGAGUGUGUACACUUGAUACCCGUGUUCGCAAACACAGGUUUUGAUCUCGUGGUUUGUUCACACUUCAGUUUCAAGUGUGUGCUUAACUGUCCCUUUGGAUGUGUACUUAAAAUAGCCUUGCAUCGUAUUGACUUUUUGGACCAGAAUAAAGGUUGCCAAACAAGGUAAACAACGAAUAUCGAUGCCCAUGUGUAAUUUGAAGUGGUUGAAUUUGCUACCAUGUAAUAUUUCUUGGUUGUAGUUUUUGGCAUGAGUGUCCACUUUAUAUAUUUUGGAUAUGCAUUGCAUCAUUUUGAAACUCUUUGCAAAUAACAUAUAUGUGCCAACAUCACUGUGUUUGCUCAUUUGCAGUCUACAGUCAGCCGUCCACAUUUGCAGCUUUGACUUUUGCAGAUCUGAUUAUUCAUGGAUUUGAUUAAUAAGUUCUAACUAGAAAUCUUUAGGUAUUCCAACCAGAUGUUGAUGGUAAGAGUUGUGCUGAAGGACCUAGAGAUUCCUAGAGAGAACACUUCUCUAGGCUUUUAUAGGUUCUCCCGCUUGGUGGUCCAAUUCGGUUAGGUUGACCUAAAACUGUCCAAACCAAAUUUUCGUCUAUCAUUAGUUAGAAACUGAUUGCUUUGUGCUGUUUCUGCCAAUUCAAAUUUGAGCCUCUUAAAUGUAAAAAGCGACACUCAUGCAUUAACUGUCUUUACCUGCCUGAGCUGUAUGUAAUGAAGGGAUUAAAAAAGGAGAGAAGUAGUCUUCCUUUCAAUUUUGAAACAAA